GCACGAGCAUUCAGUAACAGCGCAGAUCGCGCAUCGGCAACACAAAGCGUUUUAUAUUUUAUAUAUAUACAUUGAACAUAACCAAGUUUACGGAAACGAAAAUGUUUCGCUACUUGGUUUUGUUCUAUUUCGUCGGACAGCUACACCACACUCAGGGAAAUGCAAUCAACAAUGAUGUGGUUAACGACAAACAACUGUUAUUAGCAUUUGUUGUCAACCGGCAUGGAGAACGAACGCCUGACGCUGAUGAACUGUCGCUUUCCAAUGAACAGGAGAAACUGAAGGAACUUACAAGUAUUGAAGGCCUCGAAGGACUAACCAAUCUUGGCAAACGUACAGCCUUCCAAAUUGGAAAGUUCAUCCGACAACGUUAUGGCUCCGAAGGAUUGAAGUUGUUAUCAAACAUCUAUCUUCAAGAUGAGAUAUCACUUAGGAGUACGAACAAGGAGCGGACAAAAAUGACGGCUGAAGUUGCAAUGGCGGGAUUGUACCCUCCAGAGGCAGCUCAACAGUGGGAUGAUGGUUUGGGCAAGGUUUGGCAGCCUGUUCCAUACACUGCAGUGCCUUUAGCGGAAGACUAUUUGCGUUAUUACUCCAACUGCAAAAAGUUUAAACAGUUAAUGGAGAAAGCUAAAAAAGAAUCGAUUCAUAACGAGUUUGCUGAGUUCAGCGACCUGAUCCCUACGCUGAAAACCGAAACAGGACGGAACUUCACUGAAAACCCACUACUGUUCCAGACAAUCAACGAUUUGUUUAGAAGUCAGGUCGCCCUCGGCUUGGGUGUGCCGCAAUGGGCUAAGCCUCUUCUAACACGACUUAGCGAAGCAUCGAGAUUAGCGUAUAGGUUGUAUUAUAAGACGGAUGAAAUGAAAAAGAUUGGUGGAGGUGUUUUGUUAAAUGAUUUCAUCUCAGCUGCAAAUGAGAUCAUAGCGGGCAAAACCGUCACGAAGAGGUUCCGAUUAUAUUCGGCUCACGACUUCAACAUCGGUGCACUGAUGGACGUUACAAAGGUCGUGAAUAGUGAGCAAAUCCUGCCCGAGUACGGAUCUCUGUUUGCCAUCGAGCUGUACAAAUCCAAGAGCAAUGGAGAAUUUACUGUUAUGCCGGUGUAUCUUCCAAAGGCUGGUGAGUCGGAAGCCCAGUAUCUGCACUUCACAGGCUGCGAAAACAAUAAUUACUGCAAUUACAAGCAUUUCGCCGAUAUCUCCAAGAAGUAUCUUCUACCAGAGAAAGAGUUUUACAGAAUCUGCAACAUCAAGACAGAACUGUAGAAGCCCGAGUUGGGGCUGUCGAUAAUUGUUCUAUAUACAAUAUGUAAAAAAUACCUUGGCGAUCCGUGAAUGACGUGUGGUAUGGUAUUGCCAUACCAUACCACACGUUCAACAGUGUUGGCAGAUUUUAAUAUUUUGGUGAAUUUUAAGCGAAUGAUACUAAAAGGAUGUAUAAUUUUUUUGGUAAUAUUAGCGGUGUUUAUUCACUAUUUCUUUCGAAUGGGACAGGGUGUUUUUAUAUAUUGUGUUAUUACGAGCAUAUAUUUUAAAUUAGAAACAUUUUGAAAUGGCGCAUACUUUAAAACAAAAGGCAAUCAAGAAUGUUAUAUUAACUGAGACAAUUCUACAAGAAUCAUUUUUUUAUAUUCCCAUUAAAAAUUAUUGUAAGAAGUUUUGUUUUUGGAAGUCCAAAUUUAAAAAUCAAAAAAUGUUGCAAAAAAUAAUUAGCAAUCCUAGUGUGAGGGAAAAUAAGUAUUUUCUUUUACAAAUAUUGUUUAUAACCUUUUAUAAAAUAUAUACGUAAUGUUAUUAUUUCUGCAAGAACGCGAAGUCUGUGAUAUUUACAUUUAACGUUAUAUUACAAAAAAUAUUGUUAAAAUCUAAAACCUAUCAGUGUGUGUUUUUAAGUUAUCCUCGAUAUUUAAAUUAGGUCUUUCGAAAACAAAUUCGCCAGCUUAUUCAAUCAUCAAUUUUAAUGAAAAAAUAUACUUGUUGUUUUUUAUAUAUAUAAAAAUGUUUUGAAACUUUGUAAAUGGCGAAAAAUAAAUGAGAACAAUUUUUACAUUGGAAGUGUAUAUUUAUUGCUUGUCCCCCCACCAUGUCAGCUGAAUUGAUUUUUCAUUUUUUUGUAGACUGAUUGAGCAUUGUCUUUAAACGAUAGAUCCCAAAUACCUUUUACUAUAAACGAAGCAUUCCAUUUUAGUCCUCGGAAAUGACAUCACAAUCAAAAUGUAAAUGCAUUUUGAUUCCCAAUCGAGGAUAGGUGUCUACUGCAUCCACUUAAUACCAGGUGGACUGAGCACUCGAUUGUUAUAUAUUAUCUAAGAUUUUAUAUCUUAUUAUAUAAAAAUGGUUAUAUAUUUUUUUCUAAAAUUAUUUUGUAAUAAAACGGAAAAUUUACCAAAUAAAAUAAAGAAAGGUGCUGACUUCUACUGUUUCGCUCAUUUUCAGAAAUUAAAAUCAGUACGCAAAUCUGUAAAAGUUUUUCGCCUUUAAUAGAUAAAAAAUGAUUAAUUCCAGUCUGAAACUUUAUAUUUAUACCCAACAGAAAUGGACUGACUGCAAUUCGGUUGGGUACAUUAUUGCCAUUUAUUAAUCAAUAAAUUAUAUUUUAU